AUGCCGGGUCGCUGGACGCAGCCGUGCAGGGUGCCCUGCAGGCUCUACCCGCCCUUCGAAGCCACGGCCCCCACCGUGCUGGGCCAGGUGUUUCGGCUGCUGGAGACCAGCUUCCGAGGGGAUGGGCUCUGCUGCCUGCUCCACUUCCUCAUCCCGGCCAAGCGCCUCUUCGAGCACGUCCGGCGGGCUGCCUGCGCUCCCUACUUUAACUGCAUCUUUCUCCACGAGGGCUGGCCCUUGUGUCUUCACGAGAAAGUGGUCGUCCACCUGGCACCCCUCAACCCCCUGCUGCUGCGGCCCGGGGACUUCUACCUGCAAGCAGAGCCCUGCGAGGAGCACUCUGCCCGCAUCACCCUCAAGCACCUGUCCCGGGACCUGAGCACGGUGGAGGAGACGCCGGUCCCCGAGGCUGCCUACCCUCUGCUCUUCACCACCGAGUGGCUGGAGGAGAUCAACGGCGCCCGGGAGACGGCGCCGCUCCGCUCCUGCCUGGUGGCCACCGAGAACGGCGUCACCCCCCUGCCCUGGAGCAAGAUCGCCACGCCCGAGUUCAUCGACAAGCCCAAAGCUGGAGGUGACGGCGCCCAGCAGGGCCCCGCUCCUGGAAGCGCAGCUGAGCCCGCAGCAGCCGGCCUGGCCGUGCCCCGUGGCGCGGUGGACGUCUCGGUGCCCUAUGGCAAUGUGGCGGGCACCGUCCCGGGCUGCAAGGGCACCGCUUGGAAAUCGAGCCAGGGCAGGUACCCAGGGCUGAUCAAGGUGGAGCAGGCUGGGCUGCAGAAGCAGCCAGGCACGCUGGCCAUGCCCAGCCUCUACGAGAUCAUCAGCCAGAACCUGGAGGGGGAAUACGUGGACCUGCUGGACUGCUCCCAGGAGCAGCCGCACCUCCUGUCCCGGUCCCUGCCCUCCACUCCCCCGGCGGGGCCGGUGGGGAGCAGGGAUGAGACAGCGCUUCCCUGGACAGCUGGGGGUCAAGGAGCAGAUGCCUGGCCCUGCGCGGGGGCGUCAGGCUCGAAGGAGGGUCCUUGCCCCCCGUGCCUGGGGAGGAAGCUGGGCCGGGAGCUGGGGCCGCACGGCCCGCGGUGCCGCCACCGCGACUCCUACCUGGCCGCUCUGCAGAACCCGGGGCCCCGGCUUGGGGCAGCCCCCGGGGACGAUAAAGCUCCCAGCCAGCAGGAGGGGGCCUGGAAGAAGAUGACUGCCAUCUACUCACCCCGGAUGGGCAGAGCCAAGCCAGCUGGGAAAGGUACUGACACAGCAGAGGAACGGUCUCUGGAAAGCACCAGCUGCAGGAACGGUCCCAUGGUGCCCAGCCCCCAGCAGCCCCCAGCCUGGCAGGAGCUGCACGCCGGGCUGCUGCACUCGGGCAUCGUGUGCCUGCCAGGGAGCUCGGACAGGCUGGGCAGGGCCCUGCUCCAGGUGACCACCAGCGGCAGUGCCUGGGGAGCUGCGUGGUGCUCGGCCGGCGAGCUGGCAAGGCUCAUCCUCUACCUCUGCUCCCUGCCCAGGCGAGGAGCGAAGGACUCGGGGCUGACCGUGGUGGUGGAUGCCAGGAAGCAGCUGCCAGCUCCUGUCCUGUUCUGUGCCCUCCGCUCUGCCCAGAGCACCUCACCAGGCUGCAUCCACACCGUGCUGCUGCUGGCCGAGAAGGAGCUGGCUGCCCACCGCGAGCGGCUGCCCGGGGUGCAGGUGGAGACCCUGGGGUCGCUGAGGGCUCUGGGCCGCUUCGUCGACAGCUCCCAGCUGCCCCCGGAGCUGGAGGGUUCCUUCCCCUACUGCCACGGCGAGUGGGUGCAAUUCUUCCAGAAGCUUCACCCCUUCGUGGCUGGCCUCAGGCAGGCAUUGGAGGUGCUGCAGAGCUGCAUCCAGGAGCUGUGUGGUACCAAGGCUCUGGCAGGGACACAGGACGUGGCUGCCUGCAUCCAGAGGCACCAGGCGCUGAUGGGGAGGGUGCUGAGCGACCCACAGCUGCUGCAGCUGCAGCGGGAGGGAGGCUCUGUCCUGGCCAGGCUGCGCAGGGAGGCCGCCCAGCUCCGUGCCUCGGCCCACGUCAGGACCAGCAUGGAGCUGGCUGAGGGGCUCUACAGCCAGCUGGAGGAGCAGCUCCACGACCUGGUGUCGCAGUCCAACGCCUGCCUGGAGCGCCUGGAGCUCCUCCGCAAGGUCCGGCAGCUCGAGGCUGAGUUCAGCAAGCUGGGCUGCUGGCUGGACGGGGAGGCAGCAGCCCGGCUGCAGGAGAUGGGCACCGAGGAGCCAAACCCUGACAGCCCCCAGGGCUCUGCCGAGCGCUUCAACGAGUUCCUCACCCAGGCUACGGCGCGGUACCGGCAGGGGCUGGCCCUGUGUCAGGAGGCGGCGGAGCUCCGGGCCGGGGCAUUGCCGGAGGCAGAUCCCUUCCGAGCGGCUGCGGCGCUUUUCCAGACCAAGCUGCUGGGCUUCCUGGGGCAGGUGGAGCGGCGGCAGGAGGAGCAGGAGCUGCUGCGGGAGCUCGGCCGCGUCUCCAGCAAGCUGGCAGCGCUGCAGCUGGACUGCGGGCAGUGCCCGGCCCGGGCGCGGCGUGGUGAGGGCCAGGAGCUGCAGUGCCUGCAGAGCUCCUUCCAGAAGCUGUCGGUGGAGUUUGCCCUGGAGAAGCUGCAGGAGAUGAAGGCUCAGCUGCGGAGGAUGCAGAGCAGCCAGGGGCUGGCAGCCUGGACCGAGGCACGGCACAGGUACCAGGAGACCCGGCAGGUCCUGGAGGAGAUGCUGGCAGAGCUGCAGGAGGCCUGGGGAGCACAAGCUGAAGGGCAGGGAGAUGCCUUAAGUCCCCCUGGCUCAGGAGCUGCAGCCCCUUGCAAGGAAGCUCCAGUCUGCAAAGCAGCCACCAGCCCCAGGCCGGUGGGGCUGGGGGGCUGGGGGCCAGCAGAGCAGCCAGAGCCCCGGGCCAAGGGGCCAGGACAAUCCCAGGCCAGCAGCGUCGCCAGCCCCACGCCGGGUGCAGAGCCAAGCUCCCCACAGCCCCAAGAGCAGGGGGACCGUGCCCCCCACCACGGCUCUGCUGGCACCUCCCUGCCCAGACCCGAGGGCAGAGCCAGCCUGGGAGCUGCAGGACACCUCGCCCAGGAUCACAGCCAGCUCCCUCAGAGGCUUCCCUUCAUCCUGCCUCCCCAGGCACGCUUUCUGGGUGCUGACCCGUUGUGUGCCCCCUCUGUGCCCCUCGGGACGGCCUCAGCCCCCGGCACGCGGGGCCUGCCCGCAGAAGCCACGCAGUACUUCCAGGUUUCCAGCCAGAGCAGUUUGUCCUCCGAAGACUCAGACUCACAGAACUCCACCGAGGAGGCCCCAGCAGGGGGCUUGGCUCUGCCCCGGGACCCCCAGAGUCCCAGACCACCUUGCCCCUCCGAAAAGCCCCCCCAGAUUGUCUACCUGGAGAACCACCACAGCAAGAGUCCAGCUAAAGCCAAUGCCAAGUAAAACCAACCCCCUCCAGUCGGGGCUGUCCCUGGCCAGCUGGGGAGGUCUCCAUCGCCAAGGGGAUGGGACAGGCCGUGCUUGGAGGGGGGAUGCUGGGACCCCUCACCCAACCC